AUGCUGUGGCUUGUGCUGUGUUUGGUGGUUGUUCCGGUGGUAACGGCCAAUGGCCGUUUGCCGAACCAUACUGUCCCGUUGCAUUACGAUCUACACCUGGAAGUGACAGGGUUAGGGUUGGGCGAUUAUUCCUACCGCGGGAAUGUUUCGAUACGGAUUGCCAUCGCUCGUGAUACGGAUCAAAUUGUUCUGCAUAAUCUGGGCAACGCGCUAGGGACGAUUAGUGUACGAAGAUGUCGGGACGGCGUACAGAUACCUCAUCAGGUGCUGGAAACCGACGAGUCGAGUGAAUUGCUGCAUAUACGUACCGAUCGAGUGCUGGAUAGGGUAGACGAUAAAGUGAUCCAGCUAGUGAUUGAGUUCAACAACACGCUUGGUGAGGAUCAUAUGGGAUUUUACCGCACACAGUACCGUGGACCCAAGCGUGUACCAAUGGCCGUUGCUACGACACACUUCCAACCAAGCUAUGCCCGCAUGGCCUUUCCGUGUUUCGAUGAACCAGGGCUGAAGAGUACCUUCGACAUAACGAUCGUCAGUAACGCAAGCCAUCUGGUAGCUUCUAAUGCACCGAUCGAGACGAUCUCCUGGCUGCUGGAUGGCUACAAGGUGGUACGGUUCGAGCGUACGCCACCAAUGCAAACGUAUCUUGUAUCGUUUCUGAUCGCAGACUUCACCUCCGUGCACGCCACGAGUCAUUCCGGAGUUAAGGUUGGAAUUCUUGCACCACCGAAAGAUGAGAAAAUGUUACAGUACAGCUUACAGGCAGCAACUACCCUACUAACCAGCUUGGAACAGUACACCGGACAAAGCUUGGGCUUGAGCAAGCUUGAUCAUGCCGCGAUACCAGCGUUUGGGAAUGCCAUGGAAAACUGGGGACUGGUCUCGUACGACGAACAGUUUCUUGUGCUGUCGGCAAACUCGCACCGGUUGCAGCGUGCCCAGGCGGUACUUACAAUCGCUCAUGAAACGGCACAUCAACUGUUUGGCAAUCUGGUAGGACCAGCGUGGUGGUCGUAUCUGUGGCUAAGUGAAGGAUUUGCGACAUACUUCGAGAUACUGCUGGGAAGCGAAGUGUAUCCGGACCUGCUACCGUUGGAGGAUACUUUCGCCGUACGGCACAUGAGGCCCGCCCUGCUGGCAGAUGCGUUCGAUGCACACGCGCUCACGGUGGAACCUCUGCCGGCCGAUUCGGUACGCAUUGAGAUGCUAUUCGAUACGAUCACGUACAGCAAGGCUGGUUGCAUACUGAGGAUGAUCAACUGUUCGAUAGGUGAAACGGAUUUUAAGAGUGGCGUCCGAAGAUACCUCGAGACGUACCGCGAUGGGAUCGUUUCUCCUGGUGAACUGUACGGUAGUUUCACCCAGGAGCUCCCCGAAGGUCCAACGGUGGAGCAAAUCUUUCGCAGCUGGGCAGAUAAACCGGGAUAUCCGGUGGUGAUGGUGGAACGGCUUAACAGUUCCUUUGUACGGUUUCGGCAAGAACGUUAUCAGCAAGAGACGGCCUCUCGGGACACUCAAUCGCGGUGGCACAUUCCGAUCACAUACUACACUAAUAGCAGUGCGGGAAAGUAUGAAUAUCAACCUGCGUUUUGGAUGAAGGAAAGCGAUCAGGAGCUGGUUGUUCGACUGGAGAUGUCCUGGCAGGAUGUGUUGGUUGUGAACCCUCGGCAGAUAGGUUUCUAUCGCGUCGAGUAUGACGAUCGCGGAUGGAACAGUAUCGUCGACAUACUAUCCUCGCUGCCGCCCAUUAUGCAGGCAAAGCUGGUUGAUGAUGCAUUCGUGCUGGCCCGUGUCGGAAUGGUCGGGUACGAGGUUUGCCUUGGGAUGCUGCAGGAACUAGCGGCCAACCCGAACCCUGUCCCGUGGUUAAUUGCAAUGGCGGAAGAGAACGUCGGGUUCCUACAGCGUGUGCUACAGUCGGAGGAGUUUGAUCGGUUUGUGGCAGGAUUCGUUGGUGAAAUGUUCGGUCUUGCCGAAACCUUCACGCGAUCCCUGUUCCAAUCGCAGGCUCUGGAACGUGCGUUCGAUUGGUGGGCUCGAUUAGCAAACCCCACAGGCUUCGCCGAGAGCAAAACGGGUUCGUCUGGUAACAUCCAGCGAUCAGCUUGUCCACCGUUGAGUGUGCAGAAAAUAUUGGAAGGAUUAGUAUCACCCGAUGAGGUCGUACGGGAUCGUUUAUUCGCCCGAUUAAAAUGUCAACCAAACCAUGCAAAUGAACCACUCCUAGUAGCGCUAGAACAGGUCAAGGAAAGAAAGCUACUGACGUGCAGUAAACUGUUGGCCGUGUUGGAGAGUUUGAUUAAAUCCCAUCCUGGAGACUUCUUACACCCAAUCGUCCGUUUCCUGUCCACCGUCGACGCAGACGAGAUGGGCCAGGAAGCGCAACGGUUACAGCACCUGCUAAAUAUAAUCAUCCACGAGGUCACUGACCGUGGCCAGGCGGCUGAAGUUCAGAAGCUGAUUGUCAAAAAUGCUUCCGUCCUGGAGGAACACUUCCCGGCACACGCAAACACCGUCAUGACGUCAACCAUCAGCUGGCGUAUGAAGCAGGUGCCGAAGUUAAGGGAAUUUGUUGCCGAUUCUCGUAUGGCCAGCUAUUACGGGAAGGAAGGUGAAGCAUCUUCAUUGACAUACGGAGCUUAG